UGUGCAAUAUGUAAAAUAUAAAAAAUAGAAUUUUCUAUAGAAUUUUGUGAAGAUGGGUGACAUACGAGCCGGUCUUGAGGAAUUAAAACUCGACGGUGCUCUGUUCGCCAAUGUCAAGUACUACGUCAGUGGUGAAGGAGAUCCUAAGAUCUUAAACUUAUUACAAGAAGGUGGAGCAGAAAGAUCCAACUAUUUCUGUGAUUUUGUUACACACUUAAUAGCUGGCUAUGAUGCCCUUGAAAAUGAUAUAUCUGCAGCUAAAGAUCUCUAUGAGAUUCCAGCGGUUACACAGAAUUGGAUUCUAUUUUCUGUUAAAUGUAAUAAACUCUUACCGACACAUUAUUUUUCCCCAGAAGAAAAUCAAUUAUUUUCCAAUGUACGAGCAUGUAUAUCCCAAGUAAGUCGGGCAGAUAGUAAAAUACUUUGGGCAACGAUAACGUUACAAGGAGGAAAAUGUCAGUUACGUUUAGAUAGAUAUUGUACCCAUUUGAUUACUGGGAAAGCUUCUGGAUUGAAAUAUGAUGCUGCAAUGAGACAUCAUAUUCAAAUUGUUACUCCUGAUUGGGUAACUGAAUGUUGUAAAAAGGUGGCCCUUGUCAGUGAAAUAGAAUAUCACCCAAGAUUGCUUAUUUAUCCAUCCCCAAAUAGUUCUACAGCAAUGAUCACUGGUUUCAUGGAUGAGGAUACAGAGAAUAGUGCUGCUCAAGAAGAGCAGGAUAGAACAAAAGCGGUAUUAGAACAAUUGAAACAACGCAUGCCUUGGAAUCAACCAAGUCCACCUGUAUCUUCUAAUGCAUUACAAGUACAUAACAAUGCUAAUCAUACUGCAACAACUGCAACAUAUCCAAAUAAUGGGCAAAAUGCAGUUAGUUUGCAGCAGCAACAGCAGCAUCUUCCACGUUCUGUUGCUUCAACAAGUUUGUCUAAUGCACCUUCAAACGUUCCUUCCAUGUCAGAUCAAAAUAUUAUCAAUCAAACCAAUUGGAUGCCUCAAGCUUCUCAAGCAAAUAGUAUUUCGCAAAUGAAAGGGAUCUCACCACAAAUACAGCAAGAUAUACCUCCACAACAGCAACAACAAAUAAAUAUGCAACAUCAAAUGAUACAACAGCAGCAGCAACAGCAGUUAACACAACAGCAACAGCAUCUAGCACAACAACAGCAACAACAACUUACCCAACAUCAACAACAGAUGCAACAAACAUAUACACAACAGACACUUUUGAAUCAAACCCAGGCUCCACAAUUACCACCCCAACAACAACAAAUUGUAAACCAACAACAACAGCAACAGUUGAGCCAGCAAACAUUAAUUCAACAACAACAACAGCAAAUAAAUUCACAGCUAUCUCAACAUCAGCUUACACCUCAGCAGCAAUUAUUGACACCUCAGCAGAAACAAAUGAAUCAGCAUCAAUUGUUGUCACAGCAGCAAAUAAAUCAACAACAACUUUCUUCUCAGCAAGCACAGCAGCAACAACAUUUACCUCAACAGUCACAACAAAUUCCUGUGCAACAACAAUCGCAACAAGUACAAUUAACGCCUCAACAACAACAGAUCGUUUUGCAACAGUUACCUUCUCAGCAACAACUUGGUGCACAACAUCAGCUGAAUCAACAACAACCAGGACCACCUCAACAACUGACUACUGAACAGAGACAGCAACUUAUCUUAUUACAGCAGCAACAACAGCAACAAAAAAUACAUCAAAUAUCUCAACAAUUACAACAAUCUGCACCUCCAAGUUCACAGCAAUUUGUUAUAAGGGAUGGUCAGUUACAGCAGCAACCACAGAAUCAACAGUUAAUAGGCCCAAAUCAACAAGGUUUUAUAGUUCAAAGAGAUGCACAAUGGCAACAGCAACAAUAUCAUUUGCAAUUGCAAAGGCAGCAACAACAACAAAUUGGUCCACAAAGACCUGGAGGACAAUGGACUCAGCAGCCACCCCAACCACCUAGACAAUUGAUUCAAUUGGAUGCUCAAACGCACCAACAGUUACAACAAAUGGAUCCUCAACAAAGAGCACAAUUCAUUCAAAAAAUUCAAAAACAACGAAAUUUAUUAUUGCAAAGACAAAUGCAAAGUCGGCAAGCUCAACAAGGUCCACAUAUAGCUGUUAUAAGAAGUCCUGGAAAACCAGGACAACCAGGUGGUUUACAGUGGAUUCAACAGCCACGUCCACAGAUGAUGGGACCACAAAUUGCACAGCCACCAGGACAGAAACCAGUACAUCCUGGUGUACAACCUCCUGCUUUAACACCUAUUAAUUCUUCUAAUCAAGUCAUAGUACAGAGCGGGCAAAAUGUACAAGCAGCUCCACCUUCUCAAACAGGACAAGCAUUUCAACAGAAUCAAACAUUAACUCCUCAGCAAAUAGCGCAAUUACAUAUGCAAAAACAACAACAAAUGGCGAGACUACAACAAUUGCAACAUUUACAACAACAACAGCAGCAGCAACAACAACAACAACAGCAACAGCAGCAGCAGCAACAACAGCAACAAGGGGCUCAGCAAGAACCACCAUUAACACCUUUAUCAAAUAACACUCCAAUUCCUCCAGAUCAGCAGCUUGUAAAUGCUAAAACAAAAACUGCAUUAGCAAAUAUGUUAACAAAUAGACUGCAAGGUGGUGCAGCAGAAGGUAGUGCUGCUGGUCAAUUAAGAUUAAUGACUGCACAACAUAGACCACCACCUCCACCUUCCCAGGAUCCUCAACUGUUAGCAGCAUAUCAAAGAAGAACUUUAGGGAACAUAACAAAUGGUGCACCAACAGGUGCUCCUAUGAAAAUGCAAUAUGCUCCUGUUAUGCAACAACCUAAAGCUCAGUUUUAUGGACAUAAUCCAAAUUUAAAAUUGCCACCAGAUUUAUUUUUAUUGGGUUGUAUUUUCGUAAUCGUUGAAUACGAUGUUCAACGUCCUAAUGAAGUAUCAGUUUGGAAACAAGUGAUUGAAAGACACGGAGGAGAGGUAGAACCGCAAUAUUGUACUCGUGCUACGCAUGUUCUAGCAAUUACACAAAAGCAUCCAACAGUGGUGCAAGCAUUACGAGAAGGAAAACGUUGUGUUAGUGCUCAUUGGCUAUCCGAUGUCGUUAACAAACAACAAGUACUACCUCCAUGGCAUGCACUGCAUUUUCCAACUCCCUUUAGUUUAACUGAACUUCCAUGUGCAAAACAAAUUGUAUCUUUAUCUGGAUUCGAAGGAGAAGAACGAGCGAAAGUAAAAUAUAUGUUAGAAGCAUUAGGUGCCAAAUUUACAAGUUAUUUUUCAAGACAUAAUACAUUACUCGUAUGUAGAAGACCAGAUGGACAAAAAUAUAAAAAGGCACGCGAAUGGCAAACGGCAGUAGUAAAUGCACAAUGGUUAACAGAUUUACUCUGUGGGCAGACAAGUGCAUUGCAUCAAUUGGAUGGUCCAAAAUAUCAACAAUUUAGUCUUAGUAAUCCAUUCAGAUUGGAUUAUUCAUUAGUACCGCAUCUUAUGGCUGCAUGGAAAAUGCCAAUUAAUAUCACACAAGAAUCUUAUGACAAAGUUAAGCAAGUUGGACAGGGUCCAAAUUCUAUAAGAAAAUCUAAAAAGCCUCGUUUGGAUGCACCCCAAUUAAAUAAAGAUCCACAUCUUUUAGGAUUAGAUGAACCAAUAGUUGUUAGUAAUCCAGAUCCUCCCCCACCAGAUAAACAACCAAGGAUUUUAUUUUCUGGUAUUAAUCCUAGAAAACAUGCCAAGAGAAUUCGAGAAUUAGGAGGUGCUCUUGCAGCUGGUUGGCAAGAUGCCACACAUCUUGUAAUGUCAGCACCAAUUCGUACAGUGAAAUUAUUGUGUUGUCUCUCUCGAUGUAAAUUUAUUGUUACUCUUCAAUGGUUACUUGAUUGUUCAGCAAAAAAUACUUUCUUGGAUGAGAGCGGAUAUCUUUUAGGGGAUGCAGAAUUUGAAAAGAAUUUUAAUUGUAAUAUAGAAAAGGCUUUGGCAAGUCCUAAUCGGGGUACAGUACUUAAGGGCAAAAUAUUUUAUGUGACACCAAGUGUCAUUCCAUCUCCGUCGGCUAUAGCGGAAAUAAUUGAAAGUGCAGGCGGUAUAAUGGAAAAGACACGAAGACCUCUUACACAAAUACAAGAGAUGAAUAGUACCAAAUUAAAUUACAUAAUCGUAACUCAUGAAAAUGAUCUUCAUCUUCUUUCCGAUGUUUUACAUGCUAAUAUCAGCGUGUUCAGUGCAGAAAUUGUCUUAGGAGCAGUCGCACGACAAUACUUCCAAGUUGAUACAAAUCAAGCAUAAAAUUAUGCGGUUUUCGAUAUGCACUGCAUUUUUAUGUCUGCCAGGACAUAUUAAAGAUCAUCUAUGAGUUAUUUUCUUCGAGGAUUGAGGAUUUUACUUACCUUCUUAAAUGGGACAAUAAAGAGCAUAGUUUUAUGAUACAGAAGACAUUCUUUUUCAUACAUGUGUUUGGUAUAUAUAUAUAUAUAUAUAUAUAUAUAUAUAUAUAUAUAUAUAUAUAUAUGUGUGUGUUACCAUUCCUUUACUAUUAAGUAAUAUUCUAACUUCGAUUCUAUUUCAUGUGUAUUUUUAAUUACUUGCUUUACUGAAUUUUUAUAAUAAUUAAAUAGAAGACAUACAUACAUAUAUAUAUAUAUAUAUACACAUUUUGUUGCUUCAAGAUUAAAAAUAAUAAUAAAUAAGCUAUUAGAAUAAUAGAUUUUGUUGUAGGAAUGGUAACAUAUAUUUUUUAUGUACUUCCAUUCUCUAUACCUUAUACCUUUUAUCCUAUAAUUGGAAAACUAUAAAUCUAUUUUAUAUAUUGUAAACAUAACAUCACUUACAUGUAUAUCAAUUUAUUUUAGGAUUAAUAAUUAAAAUAUUCAUAGAUUAUUAUAAGAGACGAUUCAAAAGGACAGGUCUUUCUUUCUGCACAUAUAAAAAAAGUACUUAAUAACUACACGUAUGUUAUUUCGCUAUAAAUCUGUCUAUAAAAGUGUAUAUUUUGUAAUAAACUUGAUCUUUUUAAUGUA